AUGCACCAAGGAGCGGUGUGCGUGGGCGUGCUUCUUGGCACCACCGCGCUGGCCAUCGACCAGAACGAUACGUCGUUGCUGACCAAGUCGGGGAUCGGCAUCUGGGUCGACCCGGCGACGCCAGAUUCUGCGCGCACGAUCCAGUCGUCGCGGGGCGGGACAUGGACACUCGUCAUGAGCGACGAGUUUGAGCAGGAAGGACGCAACUUGACGGCCGGCGAAGACCCGCUCUGGACGGCUCUCGACAUCCCCGAUGGUGUCAACCGCGCGUGGGAGAUCUACACGCCGCACAACGUGUACACCAAGAACGGGCGGCUCGUCAUCCGCGUCGACGAAGGCCCCACCGAGAUUUCGUACUGGAACAGUUGGAGCGCCAAGCCCUCGUACGAGACCAAGACUAUGUACUACACCGGCGGCAUGGUGCAGUCCUGGAACAAGUUUUGCAUCCAAGGCGGGUACAUUGAGAUCAGCACCAAGCUCCCAGGUGCCCUCAACGCCGAGUCAUACAACCCACACAUCGCUGGCUGGUACGACCCGACGCUCAAGAAGAAGGUCAAGUUGGCUGCCAAUGACCGCAUUCCCGACAUUCAGUUUUACCCAACGUGGCCAGGUCUUUGGCUCAUGGGCAAUUUGGGCCGCGCGCUCUUUGCUGCCUCGACCAACCGCAUGUGGCCAUGGACGUACAACGAAUGCGACGAGCGCUACGACAGCCAUCAGCGCAUCUCGGCAUGCGAUCCGAACCCUGGAUUUGGGCUCAACCCACACCAGGGCCGGGGCGCCCCAGAGAUCGACAUCCUCGAGGGCGGCGGCACGGCGAUCUCGACAUCGAUCCAGAUCGCGCCCGGGAUGCCGGACGAAUACCGACGGAUCUCGCCCAACGCGUUGAUCGAGCACGGCAACAUCAACUGCUACUACAACAAGGACUGCCAGACGCCCGGCGCCAACAUGCCAGACGCGCCGACGUCGGCGUUUGCGGCCCGCGGGUACAAAUCGUGGUACCAAGGUCUUCGGUACGCCGCCAACAACCGCUGCCUCCCGCGCCAAGCCGAAGUUCAGCUCUACGAGAGCGUUGCUGCUGCAAAAGGCCGUAUCGUCUCCAACAAGUUUGACAUCAAGACCAUCUCGUCCGGUCGCGACGUCAACGCCGAUUUGGGCCUGAUCGAUGGCGUCGGGCCGCUGCAUUGGGGCAUCAACUACAAGGGCACGUGCUUCCCGGUUGCGAACGGGUACAUUGGCGGGUAUCUCUGCGACCCCGACAGCACGAGUGCCAAGUGUGGCAAUCCGCGCCUCGGCAGUGUCAAGACCAAGCAGAUGGACCCGUUCGAGUACCAAAUGGACGCCAUCUCGGCCAACUGGGACAUUACGUUUGAGCACUACAUUCAGUUUUGGAAGUACCAGCUCGAGUGGGUCACCGGCGACGACGGUUACAUCCGCUGGAUGCUCGACGGCGCCGUCAUCUUUGAGAUUCCGUCCGCAUCGCUGACCUCUCCGCCCCAAGGCGGGCGUGAAACCAACCCAAAGAAGCUCAUGAUCGAAGAGCCUAGCUACAUCAUCUUCAACGUCGCUGUCGCCGCCGCCUGGGGCGCACGGCCGCCCAACGCUGACAAUGGGUACUGCCGAGGCAACCCCACCAACAUCACGCUCAACAUCUGCAACUCGUUCCCGAUGUUUAUGGAAAUUGACUACAUCCGCGUGUGGCAAGACACGGCGACGAUGAGCGUCGGCUGCGACCCGGCGUCGCACCCCACCAAAGAGUUCAUCAAGGCGCACAUUCUCAACUACACGGACGCGAAGAACCCGGAUACGCCCGUUGUGGGCCGCGCGCCCUGCCACUCCCACGACGACUGCACGAUCGCCGGCGACGUCGUCACGGGCCGAUGCGUGGUCCAGCGCUGCGAGUGUUUGCCCAAUUGGCUCGGCCCCCGCUGUACGCACUACGCCCCCAAAUGGCUCGUCGACGGCGACAUGAGCCACUUUGGCCCCGGUCGGAACGUCGUCAUUGGCGUCGUGGCGGCAACCUUCGUCCUUCUCCUCUGCUCAUGCUUUCUGCGCUGCCGCUUGCGACAGAAGCGACUUGCGCAGGAAGCCGACGCAAGACGCAACAAGCGCAAGGUCCCACCAGUCAUCAAGAGCAACGAACGCAUGGUAUUCAUCGACAACUCGAGAGAGUGCAGCUUCGACGACGAAGUACCGGUGCUGCGAGACGACCGCCAUCGGUAUUACUUGCCCAAUUAA